AUGCGACGCCUGAUAUGUAGACAGCCCGCUGAGCUGCGGCGCCUGUCGUGCUGCAGCUGCGGCCGGAGCGGCAGUCAGCGGCCGGAGCAGCAGGGCGUGCUGUGCGCGCUGCAGCGCGACGCGUCGUGGAAGUGCCUGGCGCUGACGCUGCUCAUCUGCGGCUGCCUGGGCGCCGUCACGUGGUGCCGCCUCGCCGAGGUCACCAAGGUGAUCAUCAACUUCUCGCUGUACCCCAUCACGCGCACGCGCCAGAUGUCGCCGUGCGAGGACGGCUACCUGUACGUGCCGGUGGCCUUCCUGGCGCUGCUCUACCUCGUCUACCUGGUCGAGUGCUGGCACUGCACGGCGCGCCUCGACCUGCAGGGCCCGCGCGCCGAGGCGGCGCAGGUGCUCGAGAGGGUCCGGCUAAUGAAGGAGGCCCAGCCCGUCGUCUGGUGGAAGGCGGUGUGCUACCACUACGUGCGCCGCAAGCGGCAGGUGACGCGCUACCGGCACGGUGACGCCUUCACGUCGACGCAGGUCUACUACGAGCGCGUCAACUCGCACGCGGCGGGCGCCUGCUUCUCCUACAGCUACUGCGGCGUCCGCGACAUCUCGCGGGAGCUCAAGCUGGACGCCGACUGCCCGCUCACCAAGAUACGCUUCAGCAAGGGCUUCGCUUUCGCCAAUGUGGAGGCGGCGGCCGAGUUCGAGGAGCAGCGGGCGCGCUUCUUCGGCGAGUACGAGCGCGUCGACGACUACCUGGAGAUGCGGGAGGGGCUCGACGUGGCGCACUUCCGCGACGAGCAGCUGACGGUGGCGCCCGGCGUCGGCGCCUCCCUCUACAGCCCCACCGUCUUCUGGGUGUGCUCGCUGCUGCUGCUGUCCUGGCCGCUGCGCCUGCUGCUGCAGUGCCGCACCGCCUACCUCCACUACCAGGUGACAAAGCUGUUCGGGGUCAACUACGAGACGAGCACGACGGGCGGCCGCAGCAGCGUGGUCACGGCCGCAAACAACAACAACAACAACAACAACAACAACACCCGCAGCGUGAGCUGCUGUCAGCAGGAAGGCGGCUGCGACCAGCGGUGGCUGGGCUCCCGGGGCGGCCUGUCCCACUGCACGGCGGACAGCGGCGACCUGGAGUGGUGCUGCCGAGACAACUCGGUGCUCGUGCCCUCCUACAGCGAGGCGCUCCUCAUGGACACCUCCACAGACGCGGCCGCGGCCGCCCCCCGGAGGCCGACCAGCCUGCUGCCGCAGUCCGCCUCCUGCUACUCCAGCUGCGGACUCAACGGCGGCGGCGGCGGCGUGUCGUCCAGCCAGGCGCGUCACUCGGUGGCUUCUGCAACUCCCGGUGGCUGGACGGCCGGACUGGGUCUUCCUCGGUCGCUGUCCUCUAUGGCGGCGCCCCAGCACCAGAAUCCACAGCUGCAGCAGCAGCUGGUCCUCUACUACCCGAGUCCACUGGUGGAACGCUGUCCAGAGGACCCCUUCCAGGGGCGCAGCGUGACGACGCCCACCGAGGAGCCGCCCCCAGCCUACGAGGAGGCCCUGCGGCUGCCCGUGCUCACGAGGCUGCGGAGGUCGCUGACGGAGCGCGGCGACAUCUGCCGGCCGGGGUCCCGCUUCCGGUCCUCGACGCCGUGCAGCUCCAGCGUGGUGGCCAGGGCCGACAGCGUGAGGGUGGCGCAGCCCGCGUCCCGGGCGCUACUCACCAUGGAGACCAGCCUGUGA